UCUACCUUUCUGUUUUUUUAGGGUGAGAGGGAGGGUUAAAUCUUUUGGAAUUUUCAAUCACUGAAAUUGAUAUUAAAGGGCUUCUGCAGCUUUAUUAAAGGACUUCUGCUUCUUCUGAUUUUUGAUAAAUUAAUAAAGGCCAGAAAAUUUUUAGCGAUUCAAAGAUGUAGGAAUUUGUGCUUGGCAGAUGCGAGGAAAACUAAGAUUUCUUGGAACCUAUUAUUAAAAUCCAUGUUACAUGAAGUCUUCGCUCGUUUUAAUUGCAAUCGAUAUGCAUGCAAAUUUAAUAAAGAAAUAAGUGCUAAUUUCAAUGGAUAUGUAGAUAUCGAAUUCCGGUUAGAGUGAACCUUUUAAAUAAUAAACUGCUGCAGUAAGUCUGAAUGAUGAUUAAAUUUGAAAUGGCUGUUACUAUUUUGCAUUUUAAUGAUUGCUACAAUGUUGAAAGUCAAAUGUAUGAGCCUGUUGGAGGAGCUGCAAGAUUCUGCACAGCUCUAAAAAGCUUUACUGAUUUAGAUCCUCUAAUAUUAUUCAGUGGAGAUAUUUUUGCUCCAUCCAUCAUGAGUACUUUCACAAAAGGAGAACAGAUGGUACCUGUACUGAAUUCAUUUGGAGUACAUUGUGCUGUAUUUGGAAAUCAUGACUUUGAUUUUGGUGUGGAUAUCUUGAUGGAUUUUGCUUCACAGACAAAUUUUCCAUGGCUGAUAAGCAAUGUUGUAGACAAUGAGACUGGAAAACCUUUAGCUAAUGGUCUAAUAACAUUUGUAUUAGAGAAUAAAGGAAAAAGGUUUGGAAUCAUCGGUCUUGUUGAAGAAGAGUGGUUAGCAACUCUUUCUACCAUAGAAGCAGAUGAAGUGACUUACAUUGAUUUUGUCACUGAAGGACGAAAGCUAGCAAUACAGUUGAAGGAAAAAGAAAAUGUUGACUAUGUGAUUGCUUUGACCCACAUGAGAACACCAAAUGAUAUUCGUCUUGCUGAAAAUGUAGAAGAAAUAGAUUUAAUCCUUGGAGGACAUGACCAUGUUUAUGAAGUUACAAAGAUUAAUGGAAAAUGUAUCAUCAAAAGUGGAACUGAUUUUCAACAUUUCUCAAAAAUAACUUUAUCCUUCAAUUCAAAGUCAGUAGAUGUAGCUGUAGAAAAACAAGCUGUAACUAGACAAUUUGAACCUGAUCCUGCAUUGGAUAAUGAACUGCUCAAAUAUAAAGGAGUUGUAGAAGGAAAAAUGGAUGAGGUAUUAGGAGAGUUUUCUGUUGAUUUGGAUGGAAGAUUUUCUAGUAUUAGAACCAAAGAAACUAAUUUAGGAAAUUUCAUUUGUGAUAUUAUGCUAUCUGCUACACAUUCCGAUGUAGCCUUACUAAACUCAGGAACUUUGAGAUCAGACCGAAUUCAUCCUAAGUGUCCUUUCAGAAUGAGAGAUUUAGUUACCAUUCUGCCUAUGAUGGAUUCACUACUGGUUAUAAGUGUGUCAGGUGAACAGUUAUAUAAAGCUUUAGAAAAUGGUGUCUCUCAGUAUCCUAAAUUAGAGGGUAGAUUUCCUCAAGUAGCAGGAAUUCAGUUUGCAUUUGAUCCAACAAAACCACCUGGACAACGAAUUGAUCCACAGUACAUAAAAGUUGGAGAUGAAUACCUGGAUUUUUCACAAAAUUACAGGUUAGUUACAAAGUCUUACCUGUGUCAAGGAAAAGAUGGUUAUGAUUGCUUAAAAAAUAGUAAAACAUUGCUCACUGAAGAAGAGUGCCCAGAGUUGUGCACAAUUGUUCAAAAUCAUUUCCAUGCCAUUAAAGUUUUGACGGGUGCUAUAGGUAAUAAAACAAAGCAUAGACAGAGCCUUAUUUGCUUAUCAAGAAGACACAGUGCUGUGAAGAUUCUUGAAGAAGUAGGCAGAUUCCAAGUACACAAAUCAGAAGCUCGACAAACAGCAGUUGAUUCUCAUCUUCCUGUGCCUCCAAUUGUUGAUGAAAUCGAGAGAGAUCAGUGCAAAUUGGAACCAAAAGUUGAAGGUCGGAUAUUAAUUAUGACUGAAAAAGUUCGUUUGGAAUUACAAACUCAAAAAGAAAAUUACUGCAAUUGUGAAAAUAAAAUUAAUUUUGGUGAAAAAGUAUUGAUCUGUGAUAAAUGUUAAGUUUCAGGUAUUUUAAUAUUAAGUAGUAUAAAAAAUACAUAUAGUCACUUCAGCACAAACAUUUUUAUUCAUUAUGUGAUUGCAAAAUAUUUACUUUUGAGCUAUGUUGUGUAUGAAAAUAUUGGUACUGGUUCCUUUAAAAAAGUAAUUAUUUACUGUUUUCUGAAGAAAUUUACUAAUUUUUGGAACAUAUUUAAUUUUUUUUCUUUCUUUUUAAACUUUUUUUUGUGCCUAUUUCAAGUGUUCAAGAUACCAAAGAAACAAAGUAUAUUUAGUCAACAAGUUUAAAUAAAAGCUGCUGUUAGUAGCAGUUAUUAAAGUUCCUGCUGAUAAUGGAAAUGACAGGAUAAACAGCAGUUAUCAGUGGUUUUGCUGUAUUUUCAGAAAAUUACUUGCUGAAAAUAAUUUAAAAAGUCAUUGUCAUUCUUUUCACCUGAGUGAAUGGUUACAAGUGGCAGUAGAUAUUUAAUAAAGAUUCGUUCUAUUUUUUUAGUGUUCCAAUUUGCAAUAUUUAAUACAUUGUAUAUCUUGUUGGAUAUAUUAUUAGUGGAUUUAUAUAUAUAAAUAUAUUUUUAGUUGUCAAAAUUCCACAGGAUAAUUUCCUUCAUAAAAAUAAGCUUCUUAAAAAUUAUGAGCAUAGAUUUCUGUGUAGUGGUAUAAACAUUCCUUGCUUCUACAUUUCAGAUUAUUUUUGUGGCAAAAGUGAUGAAUAUUCUUUCUCUCCCCUUCCUCAAACCAUUAAAUUUUUGCGUUUAAAAUUUGUUUUAUUGAUAGCAGAAUUAUUCCAGUUGUUAUUUAAGAAAAAUUCUGGAAUUUUAAGGACUGUUUUUAAUGUCCUAAGGCUGUUGCCAAGCAUUGUCUAUUAAAUGCAUAGAUCCACCCAUAUGUAAUUUUUUACAUAUUAUUAAUAAUGUGUAGAAGAACGUUUGUGUUUUAGUGUGUCUUUUUGAAGUUCAGUAUUAUACUGGACUUAUUUUAUGAUGCUUUUGUUUCAAUUUUUAUUUAAUAUAAAAUAACAAAUUAAAACUAUUUUAUCAUAUUAAAAGUAUUAUAUGCUAUUUUUUUAAAAGUUAUGCUGUAGCAAUUUCCAAAUGUGCAUGUUUUAAAUUUAUGCAUAGUGUAAUUUUCUAAAAAUUUUCUGUUAUUUAGUUUUUUUUACUUUCAUAAUUAUGAUUUUAAACUUUUAAUUGUUUUAUAAUUUCAUAAACAUUUGUUAAUUUUUAGUUGAACUUUUUUUACCCUCUUUAGAAAAAAAAAAAAGGUAUAGUAGUUAAGUCUGUAGCUUCUUACUCAUGUAAAUUUGAAUUUGAGUUAGCACAAUGCAAAUUCCUUAUAGUAUUUAAAACCCAUCUUAAGCAGAUAUCAUUUAUUAAUAAGAUCUUCUGUACUUUAGGUGACUCUGCAAUAAUGUAACAAUAACAGUUCCAAAUAAAACUGAAAAAUAACUAUCUGUAAGAAACUUUUAGGUUUUCUAUGAAAAUUCAUGCAGGAAUUUGGAGGUUUAAUAAUUUAAUGUAAGUGAAGCAUAAUAUGGAAGAACUGAAAUGAAAUUAUUUAAAUCACUGCCUGUCUUUUUAUGCAUUAUUAAGUAUUUAAUUUUCAUUUUUAUGAAUUUUAAACAAGAAAUCGACAGCAUAACAUUUAAAUUAAUGUUAUAUAGUAGUUUUUAUUUGUAACUGUGUCUUUUAAAUGGAGAUUUUGAAUGUAUUAAUUAUUUUUCAGUUAAAAUUCCUGUAUUUUUUUUUACUAUUUAUAAAAUAUGUUCAUGUAAAUACUGAGAUAAAUUAUUCAAAUUUCAUUUGCUCUUUUCUCCCCCCCCUCAAAAAUAAUAAUGAAAGAUUUGAAAUACUAGUAAAAUUGUUUAUAUAAGUGUAGAAGGCUGAAAACUAAAUUUUAAUUAUGAGUGAAAUUUUGUGAAAACGUGUUGAAUUUCAAGUAUGAAAUAUAUUUAAAUACCUAAUUUACUUAUGUUAUAUUAUAUGGAAGUUAAAUAUUAUUGAUCUGAAAGCUAAAUCAAAGAUUUUAAUGCCACAUCCAACAACAUUCUGGGAACUGGUCACAUGAAAGAUAAAUUAAAGAACUUACAUGUCAUGCAGUGGCAGUGUUUGGCAAGUUGUUUGAAUGAUAAAUGAUCUGGUAGCAUGGCAUGAUGCAUUGCUCCCCCCCAAAACAAUAAUAACUGGAAAUGGUUAUCUUUUGAUAACUUCUGCAUUUAUAAAAUAUAGACAGCAAGUAAAAAUUUUAUAAAAAUAUUGAUAUUGUUAGCUAAUAACUAUCUGAUGGUUAGAAAAUAUUGCAAUUUAAUGUUGUUAAACACUCACUUGUCAGAGAAAUGAGUGUAGAAAGAUUACAAAGAGGAAAUUUAUGCCCUUAAUAAAAUUAAGUCACAAACAAGCAUAUUUACUGUUAUAAAAAGUAGAAUUGUUUUUGGAAAUUCAUAUUAAUGCUUUAGGAUAGUGAUAAUUAUUUUACAAUUUCACUUUUAAUACAAGUACAGUGAAGAGAUAAAUAAUUUCUCUUCACAUCUUUACAUGCAAAAUAUCAAAAUAUGCUCAGUUUUAAAGAUAAAAUGUUGAAAUGACAAUCUUGUGUUUUAUUGAAUCAAUUAUUAUUUUUAUAGUACUUAUAUUUAUUGCUAUUUAGAAAUAAGCAAAUAUUGAAACCUAUAUAUACUUGUUCAUAUUAAUACUCAUGGUUGUUACGCUUUCCUUUUUUUGUUUAUGAAUCUCAUGUAUCUACUUAAUUUUUGUAUUGUAAAGUGCCUUUUAAUGCAGGGAUCAUGAUGUGUUCUCUCUAGUCUUAGGUGUAUAUCAAUUGCAUUAUUUAUUUAUAUUGUCUCUGAAUGUAGCUCAAUAUUAGGCUAAAUGUUAAUUUAUUCCAUUGUUAAAAAUAUUAUCUUUGAAAGCAAUAAAAUCACAUGUUCGUUGUAAAAUCACCCAUAUUCUCUUAUCUUUCAAACUGUAUAAAGCAAAUAAGUUAUUGUUGUAUGUAGUAUUCAUGCUUAUACUAUGCUGUAAUGUCUGUUUGUUCAUUUGUGAAAAGUUCAUUUUAUGCAAGUUAGUAAUUAUGUAUUUAUAAAUUUUAUGAUGUUGGCCUAUUUCUAUAAAAGGAUUGAAUCAAAAUUAUUUUUGGCAUCAUGGGAAAACCACAAAUUUAAUAUACAGUAAUUUUUUGGGGAAAGUGCAUUUUAGUACUUUAGAAACUUCCAAGUACAUUAGGGAACAUUUUAGGAAGAACCAGUAUAUCAUUUUUAAUUCUUUCACUUGCAUUUUCCUCGUCUAGCCUAAUAUAAAAAAUAACCCUAAAAAAAUUUGUGGUUUUGAUGUGAUGCUGUAUUAUGCAUAGUAUUAAGACUUAUUUUUAAUUAUAUGAGAUACGAAUUUUGAAGAUUCAUUAUUUACAUUUGUAAAUAACUGUUUAUGAAUGUUUAAAGAUUUUAUAGGUUGUAUAAAAAUAACCGGUGAUGUUAAUUCAUAGUACUUAUUUAAAAUGUAGUAUUUCCAUUAUAUUUAAGGAGCUUAUAUUUACCAUAUAUUUUGCAAUAGAAAAUGUUAAUUUUUAUUAUAUAUAUUAUGGAUUGUUGAUACUGAAAGUUAAGCAUGAAUAAAAUUGCAAUGAUGCAUUUGUAUUUAAAA